AUGAUAGUUGAGGGGCCGCGAAGCAGCGUGUGCCCCGUCGAUGAUGUGCGGGCCGCCUGCCGCCUCGGCCGCCCUCGCUGGCUGGGGCCUCCCGGGGAAGCCGACAGAAAGACCCGGGCCCCUGAUGUGUACUGGGUGAUCUUGAUCCUGACGAAGUAUUACCACGCCGACAUGGGGAAGGUUCUGGAAAGUUCUCUGUGGCGGUCCUCGGACUUCGGGACGUCCUACACCAAGCUCACCCUGCAGCCCGGUGUCACCACGGUCAUCGACAACUUCUACAUUUGCCCCACGAACAAGAGAAAGGUCGUCCUGGUGAGCUCCUCACUCAGCGACAGGGACCAGAGCCUGUUCCUUAGCACGGACGAGGGGGCCACCUUCCAGAAGCAGCUCGUCCCCUUCUCCGUGGAAACUCUGAUUUUUCACCCCAAGGAGGAGGACAAGGUUUUGGCCUACAGCAAGGAGAGUGCGGACCGUGGCCUCCUGGCCGAGGUCUGGUCCUCACGUACUGGCAUCCCCGAAUUCCCUGGCCUCAUGGGCUGCGUCUUGCUCCCGGCACCCUCCUUCAGCUGCGGGGGUGGUGGAAGGAUCCAGAACAGGGGGCUUGAAUCUGUGGCCUCAGACGUAGGGCGUCUGCUAGAAGCCAGGGGCAAGGAGGCCCCCGGUGGAGGUGGAAGGGGACUGGGAGGCGUGGGAAGGUUCUGGAUGGAGAUGAUUGGAAGUGCCAGGGUCCCCGGUGCCAGGGCUGUGUCUGGGGUGGACACCGACCCCGACCUGGUCCACAUGGAAACCCAGGACCUCGGAGGAGGGUUUCGCUACGUCACCUGUCAGAUCCACAGCUGCUCCGACAAGACGCUGACGGCUUUGUUCCCAGGCCGCAUUGACCACAGUUCUCUGACCGUGCAGGACGACUACAUCUUCUUUAAGGCCACCGCAACAAACCGGACCAAAUAUUACGUCUCUUACCGUCGCAACGAGUUUGUCCUGAUGAAGCUUCCAAAGUACGCGCUGCCACAGGUGUUCAUGACUUUUCUCGUUUUGCUGUCCCAGGUCCGAGGGGUGAAAGGAGUCUUCCUGGCAAACCAAAAAACCAAUGGGAAGGUGGUGACACUUAUAACCUACAACAAGGGCCGCGACUGGGACCGCUUGAGGCCACCCAGCACAGACAUGAACGGAAAACCAACCAACUGUGAGCCUCCGGACUGCCACCUCCACCUGCACCUGCGAUGGGCAGACAACCCCUACGUGUCGGGCACCGUGCACACCAAAGACACUGCCCCCGGCCUCAUCAUGGGCGCAGGUAACCUGGGCUCACAGCUGGUGGAAUAUAAGGAGGAGAUGUACAUCACGUCUGACUGUGGGCACACCUGGCGGCAGGUGUUCGAGGAGGAGCACCACGUCCUCUACCUGGACCACGGCGGCGUGAUCGCAGCCAUCAAGGACACCUCCAUCCCCUUGAAGAUCCUCAAGUUCAGUGUGGACGAGGGCCUCACCUGGAGCACGCACAACUUCACCAGCACCUCCGUGUUUGUGGACGGGCUCCUGAGCGAGCCGGGGGACGAGACGCUGGUCAUGACCGUCUUCGGCCACAUCAGCUUCCGCUCAGACUGGGAGCUCGUCAAGGUGGACUUUCGGCCCUCCUUCUCCAGGCAGUGCAGUGAGGAUGACUACGGCUCCUGGCACCUCAGCGACCUGAAGGGUGACCGCUGCAUCAUGGGCCAGCAGAGAAGUUUCCGGAAGAGAAAGCCCACGUCCUGGUGCGUCAAGGGGAAGAGUUUCACGUCUGCGCUGGAGGCCCGGGUGUGCCGGUGCCGGGAGUCAGACUUCCUCUGCGACUACGGAUUUGAGCGCUCUCCCUCCUCGGGGUCUGAUGCCAACAAGUGUUUUGCCAACUUCUGGUUUAACCCCCUGUCCCCGCCAGAUGACUGUGUUCUGGGCCAGACCUACACCAGCAGCCUCGGGCCUCAGUGGGUGUCCCUUGCCCGCCGGGCCCGCCGCCCUGCUCCCACGCUCCUGCGUCUCUACAGCUCCGGGCCGCGCCUGCCCUCCUCAGCCAAAUCGCCAGGCUGGAGGUCCCCGGGGCAGGGUGAUGUCCUGACCACCAAGUACCAGGUGGACCUCGGGGAUGGCUUCAAGGCCGUGUACGUGAACCUCACGUCGACCGAGGAGCCCAUCCGGCACCGCUACGAGAGCCCCGGCGUCUACCGCGUGUCUGUCAGGGCGGAGAACGUGGCGGGGCACGACGAGGCGGUGCUCUUUGUCCAGGUCAACUCCCCCCUGCAGGCCCUGCACCUCGAAGUGCUUCCUGUCGUCGGCCUCAACCAGGAGGUGAACCUCACAGCCGUGCUGCUGCCCCUGAACCCCAACCUCACCGUCUUCUACUGGUGGAUCGGCCACAGCCUGCAGCCCUUGCUCUCCCUGGAGAACUCUGUGAGCACGCGGUUUGCAGACACGGGGGACGUGCGUGUGACUGUGCAGGCCGCCUGCGGAAACUCGGUGCUGCAGGACUCCAAGGUGGUCCGCGUGCUGGACCAAUUUCAGGUAGUGCCUCUGCGGUUUUCCACGGAUCUGGAUGUGCACAACCCCAACACCCCUGAGUGGAGAGAGGACGUCGGCCUGGUGGUGACCCGGCUGCUCUCCAAGGAGACCAGCGUCCCCGAGGAGCUGCUGGUGACCAUUGUAAAGCCGGGGCUGCCCACCGUGGCCGACCUGAACGUGCUCCUGCCCCCUCCCGGGCCCGCGAGGAAGAGGAAUCUCACAAGUGACAAGAGACUCAUGGCCAUCCAGCAGGUGCUGAAGGCACAGAAGAUCAGCUUCCUCCUGCGAGGUGGGGUCCGGAUCCUGGUGGCCAUGAGGGACACAGACACAGAUUCUCAGAGGCUGGGAGGCGGUGGCGGCUACUGGGCCGUGGCGGUCCUCGUGGUCAUCGGACUCUUCGCGGUGGGCGUGUUCAUCCUCUACAAGUUCAAAAGGAAACGCCCCGGCAGGACCGUGUACGCCCAGAUGCACAAUGAGAAGGAGCAAGAAAUGACGAGCCCCGUGAGCCACAGCCAAGGCGUCCAGAGCGUCAUCCAGGAACGCGCCCUGGCACGCUGCUGGGAAAACACGAUCAUUCACGCCGUGUGCGGCCGACACGACUGUGGCCCAAAUGCUCAGCUGUGGUCACGAUCCAACAGCGUCCUGGCUGAGGAGGCGGUGCCUGCCAGCACGGCGUUUCGCAAAGCCAGCCGCCAGCAGCAGCCCCAUCCCACAGUCGAGGGCAGCAAGGCGCCCAGAAACCACGUCAGGUCCCCAGUGAGCGUCCCUAGGAGCCGCCAGCCCCCCUGUGACCACACAGCUCCUACAGAGGAGGUUGGUGGGUGA